AUGGAUAAACAUACUUCGAAAUGUCCUGAUUACGUGGAAUACUCGAAGCAUCCUCAUCCUCCUUACUCAUCUCCCGAGUAUCAGUACCCCUACAUGAGACCAGCACCAAAGUGUAGGACAUUUGUUUCUUCAGCAGUUGAGAAAUUGGUUCAGGAUCUAGUUAGCAAGGUCAAGAAUCCCGAUUUGGCACGGUUAAUUGAGAAUUGUCUUCCCAACACUUUGGAUACCACUAUUCUUUGGCAUGCUGAAGUAGAAGACCACCGUCCCCAGACAUUUGUGGUUACUGGUGACAUCCACGCUGAAUGGCUCCGUGAUGCUGCACGUCAACUCAGUGUAUACCAACCGUUGAUCAAGCACGAUGAGAAAUUACAAACUUUAAUAUUGGGUGCGAUCAACACCCAGGCAUACUACGUCAACAAUUCCCCAUACUGUAAUGCGUUCCAUCCACCACCACAUUCAGGUGUGAAAAAAGGCAGUACGGCCAUGGAUGACGUGCACCCUAGGCCAGACUGGAAACAAGUGUUUGAAUGCAAGUACGAGAUCGACUCGCUUGCCCUGUUCUUGACGUUGUCCAAUGAAUACUUUGAACACGCCGACACGAAAGUGAAGCCCGCGUUCAUCACACCGGAAUGGUUGCGGGCAUUGGAGAAGUUGUUGAUUGUGUUACGGCGUGAGGCCCAGCCUAGUUUUGACGAGGACACGGGCCAGGCACUUCCUUACUACUACUCGUUCCAGCGCCACACCAACAUUGGCUCGGAAACACUCGCACUUGGUGGCGUAGGUAAUCCUGUGAACUUCGGUACUGGACUCAUUAGAUCAGCAUUUAGACCUAGUGAUGAUGCCACUGUUCUCCAGUUCUUUAUACCAGGAAACGCCCAUAUGGUUACUGAACUCAUCCGGGCAAGGAAAAUGUACCUUAAUGCCGACAUGAUUGAUGGCAUUCAGGGGUUAACUUCUGCCGUCGAUGAAUUCAUUGCCAAGAUCGGGAAGGGUAUUCAGGAACAUGGAAUUGUCCAACAUCCAAAGUAUGGGAAAGUCUACGCGUAUGAAGUGGACGGAUAUGGUGGCUCUUUGUUUAUGGAUGAUGCGAACAUUCCUUCAUUAUUGGCACUCCCAGACAUGGGAUUCACAUCGGUGGAUGAUCCAGUUUACCAAAACACCCGGAAGAUGAUCCUCGCCAAGGAAGGCAAUCCGUACUACUUGAAAGGGGCAUUCUUUGAAGGUAUUGGUGGUCCGCAUGUUGGUAUACGAAGUGCAUGGCCAAUGUCAUUGCUCGUACGUAUGAGAACUACUGACGACGAUGAAGAGAUUUUGCGUAGUUUGAAAUUAGUCAUGGAGACCACUGCCGGUUUAGGGUUGAUGCAUGAGACGGUAGACGUUAACUCUCGCGGUGGACACCAGUAUAGUCGGUCCUGGUUUGCAUGGUGCAAUUCGGAAUUUGGAAAGACGAUUUUACAUUUGGCUAAGCACAAACCACAUUUGAUUUUCAAAGACGAGUUCAGCCAGAGUUAUGAUAUAGAUAAAGUAUUAAGCUAA